AUUAAAUCUCUCUCCCUCUCCCUCUCCCUCUCUGUCUCUCUCUCUCUCUCUCUCUCUCCAUUUCUUUCUCUUUCUCACUCAUUUGACUUUUCGUUGACCUUAGAAGUUUCACAAUGGGAAACUCCGAGACCAAAUCCUCCGACCCUACCCCGCCGCCCUCCUCCUCCGACAACCACCAUCAUGCUCCAGUCUCCGAUGAACGCCGUGAAUCCUCUAGCUCCGGCGGCUCCCGCGCGGCCUCUACGCAACAGAUCGGUCGGAUCCUGGGCCGACCAAUGGAGAACGUAAGGAGCACCUACGAGUUCGGUCACGAGCUCGGCCGAGGUCAGUUCGGCGUCACCUACCUCGUCACGCACAAGGAGACCAGGAAACAGUUCGCCUGCAAGUCGAUCCCCACGCGCCGCCUUGUCCACCGCGAUGACAUAGAAGAUGUCCGCCGUGAAGUCCAGAUCAUGCACCACCUCACGGGUCACCGGAAUAUAGUGGAAUUGAAGGGAGCUUAUGAAGAUAGGCACUCGGUGAAUCUGGUGAUGGAGCUGUGUGAGGGAGGAGAAUUGUUCGAUAGGAUCAUAGCUAAAGGGCAUUACACUGAGAGAGCAGCUGCAGAUUUGUGCAGGCAGAUGGUUAUGGUUCUGCAUAAUUGCCACUCAAUGGGUGUAAUGCACAGAGACUUGAAGCCCGAGAAUUUUCUCUUCUUGAGUAAAGACGAGAACUCCCCUUUGAAAGCCACGGAUUUCGGGUUAUCCGUUUUCUUCAAGCCCGGUGAAUUGUUUAAGGACCUUGUAGGAAGUGCUUUCUAUGUCGCUCCUGAAGUUCUACGCCGGAACUAUGGACCCGAGGCGGAUAUCUGGAGUGCCGGAGUGAUACUUUACAUCCUUCUUUCCGGUGUCCCGCCUUUCUGGGGAGAGAGUGACCAGGGAAUCUUUGACGCAAUUCAUCGUGGGCACCUUGAUUUUUCGUCUGAACCUUGGCCUUCGGUAUCAAGUGUUGCCAAAGACCUUGUGAAGAAAAUGUUAGCAUAUGAUCCCGAAGAGCGGCUUACGGCUUCUGAAGUGCUGAAUCAUCCAUGGAUGAGAGAAGGAGGGGAGGCGUCUGAUAAACCACUCGACAAUGCUGUGUUGUCCAGGAUGAAGCAAUUCCGGGCAAUGAACAAACUCAAGAAGAUAGCUUUGAAGGUUAUCGCAGAGAACCUCUCGGAAGAAGAGAUCAAGGGUCUGAAAGAGAUGUUCAAAUCUUUAGACACUGAUAACAGCGGGACCAUAACCUUAGAGGAACUGAGAGAUGGUGUCCCGAAACUCGGUUCUAAGAUCACAGAGGAGGAAAUAAGACAGUUAAUGGAAGCUGCCGAUGUUGAUGGAGAUGGAUCAAUUGAUUACUUGGAGUUUAUAUCGUCCACGAUGCAUAUGAACAGGAUAGAACGUGAGGAUCGUUUGUACACCGCUUUCCAGUACUUCGACAAGGACAAUAGCGGGUACAUAACCAUGGAGGAGCUCGAGCAGGCCUUGAAGAAAUAUAACAUGGGCGACGAGAAAUCCAUCAAAGAGAUCCUUGCGGAAGUAGACACCGAUCACGAUGGAAGAAUCAACUAUGAAGAAUUCGUGGCAAUGAUGAAGAAGGGCAACCCGGAUAUGGUAACCAACCGUCGUCGGAAAUAAUUUUAUUUGUUACAAAAAUUGCGUUACCUUACAAAUUGUUUUGUUACAUUGCAUUCUCUUUUGGGUUUUUUUAACAUUCGGUGUAGUAGUUCUGUUUCGGGAAAUUCGAUUCUCUAAAACGAAUCGAAAAUUUUGAUCGGUUCGAUUUGUGAAUUAUAUCGAGCAGAUGGUCAAAAAUCGUACCGAAAUGUCCACAUUUGUACUAAUUGAAUGGCAUGGCAUGCUGUUUUUGUUUGUU